AUGAUAGGGAUAUCGACUGAUAAAAUUAUAGACGUUCGUCGAUUAUUGUCGGUUAACGUUAUUACGUGUAAUAUUACAAGCUUCUCGUUAUCUCACGAGAUUAAAGGCCCACGAUUAAAAGAUACGGUGGACGUCUCCGCACUGAAAUCCUGCACCCUCACGCUCGUGGAAGAGGACUACGAUGGAGGGAGCGCCACCGCGCACAUCAGGAGGCUGCUGGACAUCGUCGCCUGCACGACGUCGUUCGGGCCGUCGGCGGGCAAGGACUCGCCGGCGAAGGAUGGGCGGGGAACGCAGGAUAGGAAGACUUCGAAGAAAUCGAGCAAGUCCCCCCGCUCGAGGAGCAACACAGGGAGUCCCCCACCGGCGGCGCCUUCAGCUGCUGCGGAUGCUGAUUCAAAGGAAGUAUCUUCUCCGGCGGUCGACGGAGAAGGAGAGAUGAACAAUACUUCUCCCAAGUUGGCAAGCUUCUACGAGUUCUUUUCUCUCUCUCAUCUCACGCCUCCUCUUCAGUUUAUAAGAAAGGCAUCGAAGAAAACCGACAGUGGAAUUAAUGGAGCUGAUCAUCUUUUCGCUGUUGAAGUGAAAUUGGGUAAUGGUAAAUUGCUACUCAUUGAGGCUUCCAGAAAAGGUUUUCAUAGCACUGGAAGGCAGCAAAUUCUUUGUCACAAUUUGGUUGACUUGUUGAGACAACUCAGUAGAGCCUUUGAUAAUGCCUAUGAUGAGCUCAUGAAUGCGUUCUCAGAGAGGAAUAAGUUUGGAAAUCUCCCUUUCGGCUUUAGAGCCAACACGUGGCUUAUCCCACCUGUAGCCGCACAAUCACCGUCCACAUUUCCUCCUUUGCCCAUGGAGGACGAGAAAUGGGGAGGGAAUGGGGGUGGUCUAGGCAGAGACGGGAAAAGUGAUCUCGUGCCUUUUGCGAAUGAGUUUUUGUUUCUUGCAUCCAUGCCAUGCAAAACAGCCGAGGAGAGACAAACCCGAGACAGAAAAGCGUUUCUUCUCCACAGUUUAUUUGUCGAUGUUGCUAUUUUCAGAGCCACUGCAGCCAUGCAGCAUGUUAUGAGAACUCCAAAGCUAGUACAUUCCGCUUUGAACGAUCAAAUUAUAUAUGCGGAGAAAGUUGGGGACCUGAGCAUAGCGGUUGUUGAAGACACGUCUGAUGCCAGUUGCAAAAUUGAUACUAAGAUCGAUGGGCAGCUAGCUCUAGGAUUGGAUAACAAGAAAGUAGGUGAAAGGAAUUUGCUCAAGGGGAUCACGGCUGAUGAGAAUACUGCCGCCCAUGAUAUUGCAACCCUAGGUGUUGUGAACGUAAGGUAUUGUGGUUAUAUUGCCAGUGUGAAAGUUGAGGGGAUUGACAAAGUCAAUGCGGAUCACCCAUUGACAAGCCUAGAGUUUCUUGACCAGCCAGAUGGUGGCGCUAAUGCUCUUAACAUUAACAGUUUGAGGCAACUUCUUCACGAAAAUGCAACUCUUGAACAAAGUAAGUUGACAGUGGGUCCUCGAGUGGGAGAGCGUAAAGAACUUGAUUCUUCUGAAGCCUUUGUUGAGAGAUUGUUGGAAGAAAGUCUUUCAAAGCUAGAGGGAGAAGAAGCUGACAGGGACACUUUUGUGAGAUGGGAACUUGGAGCCUGCUGGAUACAACAUUUACAAGAUCAAAGAAAAACGGAAAAAGAAAAGAAAGCGUCUAAUGAGAAGGUCAAGAAUGAAACGAAGGUUGAGGGACUAGGAACGCCUCUGAAGUCCCUUAAAAAUAAAAAGAACACAGAUGGAGGUAAGGCAGAAUGGCAAACUAAAAGAUUAACCGAUGAAGUGAUGAAUGUGACAGAAGGAGCAGCUGUUGAUGUGAUAGAACCCAAGCUUGAUAUAAAUGCAAGUGAAAAGGAACUUAUGCUAAAGACCUUGUUGUCUGAUGCUGCUUUUAGUCGAUUAAAAGAUUCAGAGACUGGACUACAUGCCAAGUCACUCCAUGAACUAACUGAAUUAUCCCAAAAAUAUUACGAUGAAGUUGCCUUGCCUAAACUGGUUGCCGAUUUCGGUUCCUUGGAACUCUCUCCAGUUGACGGUCGCACAUUAACAGACUUCAUGCACACAAGAGGACUUCGGAUGCGUUCCCUUGGGAAAGUUGUUAAGCUUUCAGAGAAGUUGUCGCAUGUGCAAUCUCUGUGCAUCCAUGAAAUGGUUGUACGUGCUUUUAAGCACAUUCUGCAGGCAGUUAUUUCUGCUGUUCAGAGACCUGAGAAUCUGGCAGCAGCAAUUGCAGCAGCACUGAAUCUGAUGCUUGGAGUUUUGGAGAAGGAACAGUCAGAUACACCUCAUGGUAUCAAUUCCAUUGUGUGGAGAUGGCUUGAGGUGUUUCUUAAAAAACGAUUUGAGUGGGAUCUAAGCAAAUCAAACUUUAAAGAUAUGAGGAAAUAUGCUAUUCUUCGUGGUCUAUGCCAUAAGGUGGGUAUUGAGCUUGUCCCCAGGGACUUUGAUAUGAAAUCUGCACAUCCCUUCCACAAAGAAGACGUAGCUUCCCUUGUACCAGUACAUAAGCAAGCAGCAUGUUCUUCUGCGGAUGGACGACAACUCUUGGAAUCUUCUAAAACAGCCCUGGAUAAGGGAAAACUUGAAGAAGCUGUCAACUAUGGAACAAAGGCCCUUGCAAAGUUGGUAGCAGUAUGUGGUCCCUAUCACCGGAUGACAGCUGGAGCUUACAGCCUUCUUGCCGUUGUUUUAUAUCACACGGGAGAUUUCAACCAGGCCACAAUAUAUCAGCAAAAAGCAUUGGAUAUCAAUGAGCGGGAGCUAGGUCUUGAUCAUCCAGAUACUAUGAAAAGUUACGGCGAUCUUGCUGUUUUCUAUUACAGAUUGCAACACACAGAAUUGGCACUCAAGUAUGUGAAACGAGCUUUGUAUCUAUUACAUCUCACGUGUGGUCCAUCACAUCCAAACACUGCUGCAACAUACAUAAAUGUGGCUAUGAUGGAGGAAGGACUGGGUAAUGUGCACGUUGCUCUAAGAUAUCUUCAUAAAGCUCUGAAGUGCAACCAGAUGCUUCUUGGCCCAGACCAUAUUCAGACAGCCGCCAGUUACCAUGCCAUUGCAAUUGCGCUCUCAUUGAUGGAAGCAUAUCCUUUAAGUGUUCAACAUGAACAAACGACCUUACAAAUACUCCGGGCAAAGCUGGGACCGGAUGACCUUCGCACACAGGAUGCUGCUGCAUGGCUCGAAUACUUUGAAUCCAAAGCUUUUGAGCAGCAAGAAGCUGCUAGAAAUGGGACUCGCAAGCCUGAUGCUUCUAUAGCCAGCAAGGGCCACCUUAGUGUAUCAGAUUUGCUCGACUACAUUAAUCCAAGCCAAGAUGCUAAAGGGAAAGAUGCUGCAGGAUCAAAGAGAAGAAGUUACAUUGCAAAGGCCAAGGUGAAAUCCCUCCAAAACAAUCCAACCACAAUGGAUUCUGAAGUGACCCCAAAAUAUACUUCAAUUGAGGCAGCAAAUGAAGACAACCAAACCCCUAACUCUAAUGUCAACUCCUCUGUCAAUCAUCCAUCUUCCUCUCCAUUACUUCAGUCCAGAGAAAUUUUAGAGCCACUGACUGAGAAAAAAACUAUCCAGCCCGUACAAUCUUUGACACAGGAACCCGCAAUUGGAAUGCCUAUUAAUAAUGAUGUCUCACCUGAAACACACCCUGAAGGAGAAGAUGGAUGGCAGCCAGUCCAAAGACCAAGGUCAGCUGGAUCUUCUGGAAAACGGCCAAGGCACCGGCAUCAGCAUUCAAAUAAAUUAUUCAAUCACCAGAAGAAAGAUUUUGUUGCUGACAUAGAUCAUGCCAGAUUGAAAAAUAACCAUCAAAGUAGUAAAUAUUAUGUCCUAAAGAAGAAGACAACAUCUCCAGGGAGCUUUACGGAAUACUAUGUGGCAAAGAACCCAUCACUGGGGACCAAAUUCGGGCGAAAGUUGGUCAAAACAGUAGCUUACAGAGUGAAGUCUGUGUCAUCAUCCACUACAGAUACUGCAGCAGAGGGCUUGAAGAACGAGGGCAAGGCACUAUGCCCUACAUCAGACUCAGGUUUGGUUUCUGUUCUUGUGCCUCAAGAGGUCAAAGGGGUAACCAAAAGAAGUUCGAUAGUUAGUUUGGGCAAGUCACCUUCAUACAAGGAAGUAGCUUUGGCCCCGCCUGGCACCAUACCUAUGUUACAGGCAAGUGACGGUUAUAGCCCCGAGGAAGUUGAAGAACACAACGAGCCGCAAUUCGAGGCUGAGAAUAAAUCUGGAACUGUUCUGUUAACUGCAGGAAUUGAUCAGGCAGACAACAUUGAGGGUCUACUUGUGGCCCCCGCGGUCCAACUAAAAGUCGAAAUUGAAGCUUCUCAUGGGGAACAGGAAAUUCACCCAGACGACAAGGCGGAUAAUGAUAAAAAUGUUCACAGUGUAUUGGACAUAUCAAAUGCACUGGAUACCACUAAUGUGCCGAACUAUUCGUAUUCUCGAGAAGUGGGUGCUUGUACUGGAGACUCAGAUGCAACCCUAGCCUAUGAUGAUUGUACAAAAUCAAAUUCCGAUGAAGCAGAUGAAACGAUGGUGAAAUCGUCUUUGAAUGACCCGAAAGAAGUCACCAAUAAGAAGCUAUCAGCAUCGGCAGCUCCAUACAAUCCAUCUGUAGUCGCUCCACGUGUGGCGCCGCUGCCCAUUCCACCAGUCGGGCCUUGGCCUGUGAAUAUGGGCCUUCAUCCGGGUCAUGCCACUAUCUUGCCUGGCCCGAUGUCUCCUCACCACCACGCAUAUCCCUCACCGCCGCAAACUCCAAACCUAAUCCACCCUCUGCCGCCAUUUAUAUACCCUCCUUACACGCAGCCUCAGUCGAUACCACCCACGACUUUCCAAAUAACCAGCAACAGCCCCUACCAUCCACGCCAGUUUGCAUGGCAGUGCAACAUGGUCGCCAACACGCCUGAGUACAUUCCCGUCACGGUUUGGCCAGGGUCCCGUCCUGUAGAAUUUUCAUCCCCUACCAAUGUCGAUUCCAUUCCAAAGCCCGUUUUGGAGAUGAAGGUGGACGAUAUUAUCCCUGAAAGCGUAAAUUUGGCGCCUAAUUUACCAGUGGAUCUUGACAGCGAGAACGAGUCCAAGAAAGAAAUUGACCUUCCGGUGUCAGAGGCCGUGGAGAAUUUGAACGACGUGAAUUUGGUUCAGCAGGGGAGCGGAGCGAAACCCAGCGAAUCUUAUUUUCGUGGUGUGCCUUUUCCAUCUAAUGGUUGUCAUGUGCAAGGGCAGCAGAAGAUUGUUGACGAUGAAAAGACAUUCAAUGUUUUGGUUAGAGGGAGAAGGAACAGGAAGCAGAUGUUGAGAAUGCCGUUGAGUUUGCUGAGGCGGCCGUACAGUUCGCAGCCAUUCAAAGUUGUGCACAGUAGAGUGCUGAGGGAAACUGAACUUCCGAGAUCCACUGGCUUUGACACCAUAGAACAGGCUGCGGAUAGUGUGGCUUAA